AUAAAUAACAUAAUUUGCUUGAGAAGAUAUAAUUCCACUUGCCGACCAGUGUUCGCUUUUAUUUUGAAAAACCACGACCCAGCGGAAGUAAACAAUAAUCACAUUACAACCCGGAAGUAAUGCCCCUUUUCUUCUCCUUCCUCUGAUUUACGUUUGAAGAGACGAGAAUGACCGAUUUAUCUCGUGAAGAAACGAUUAAACACGGCUCCGCUGCCACCGUCCAGCCUUCGGGGGCCGUAUUCGUGUCUUAAUCGUCGGCGGCUUGGAGGCGCGAGAGGCGGCCGCGUGUGAGCAGCAACGCCCCGAUGCGCGAAAAAAAACACCGUCGCUCUGUUUACAAGUCGGCUGGGAGAAAGUGUUUCCCCGCAGUGUGUGGUCAGAUAAUCGCGUGUGUUUGUGUGUGUGUGUCUUUUGUAGAGACUAAUAUUUAAAAAGAAAAAAACCACCAAAAAAACAUGGCUGAACUGCAUGUUGUGGAGCAGAGCGGCACUGGAACCAUCGAGCAGCCGGAGCACCGCGAUGUUCGCGGCUCACUUCGCCUGGCGUCGCCCACUCUCAUGGUUCCGCCGCGGAGCAGCCAGCUCAGCCCCGGCUGCGGGGGGUCGAGCCCCGGCUGCGGGGGGUCGAGCCCCGGCGGCGGGCGCUCGGUGUUCGGCUUCCCGCCGAAGAGCAACCCGAGCUCACCGUCCGAACCGGCGGAGAAGCCCGGUUCGCGCUGGGUUCGCCUGAACGUCGGCGGCACCUACUUCAUCACCACGAAGCAGACGCUGUGUCGCGACCCCAAGUCGUUCCUGUUCCGCCUGUGUCAGGAAGACCCGGACCUGGACUCCGACAAGGACGAGACCGGGGCCUACCUGAUCGACAGGGACCCCACGUACUUCGGACCCAUCCUUAACUACCUUCGGCACGGGAAGCUGAUCAUGGAUAAAAACCUGGCGGAGGACGGCGUCCUGGAGGAAGCCGAGUUCUACAACAUCGCGUCUCUGGUGCGGCUGGUGAAGGAGCGGAUACGAGACAACGAGAACCGCACCUCUCAGGGUCCCGUGAAGCACGUGUACCGGGUGUUGCAGUGCCAGGAGGAGGAGCUCACCCAGAUGGUCUCCACCAUGUCGGACGGCUGGAAGUUCGAGCAGCUCAUCAGCAUCGGCUCCUCUUAUAACUACGGCAACGAGGACCAGGCGGAGUUCCUCUGCGUCGUUUCCCGGGAGCUCAACAACUCGAGCAACGGCAUCGUCAUCGAGCCCACCGAGAAGGCCAAGAUCCUCCAGGAGCGAGGCUCGCGCAUGUGAAGAGCCAAAUAACUUUAUCGACAACAACGAAACAAAACAAAAACAAUAACACGGAACAUUUUAUCGAGUUUUACCCCCGACCUUCAUCUUCAUCAUCAUCAAAGCCUUCCUCCUCCUUCUCCUCCGGUGUGCCUUUCCACAGCGGGGGGGCUGCCCGACGCCUGCUUCAACACGGCCUUCCUCCUCCUCCUCGGAGUAUAAAAGGGAUUACAAGCGAGCGGGUUUCACCGAAGCAGCUCUUCUCUCCUCUUGAUGGUGUCACUGCGGUGCUGACGGGCGCCAUCAUCAUCCUCAUCAUCAUCAUCAUCAUCGUCGUCUUCAUCACUUCUACAUUUGGCUCUGUACGUCGGAGGACGUAAAGGAACGGACGACUUUAACCUGAAGCUGCUGAUGGAGGGAACGCCACGACGCCGCCUCCCUCGCCGCACUCCCAGAAUCCUCUGCGAGAUAUCCGAGGCGGGGGGGGGGGGAGAGAGAGAGAGGAGUCCAAUCGCUCUGUUUUGAACCAGCCGGAUGCAGUGGAGCCUUCGUCUUUCAGCCGUCACCAUCAUCAUCAUCAUCAUCAUCCUGCUCCCGGGGUCGAUUCCGUAGCUCCUCCCUCUUUCCGUUGCAAAAGUUGGGAUAUUUCAACAACAAAAAAAGAAGAAGAAACCAACUGACUGAAAGUGUACCAUGUGUCGAGGCGUGUGAGGAACCUUCAUGAACUACUGUCGGCUACACGGUGACGAAUAUACAAACGGUGUAAUUUCUGUAUCAGUCGUCACAUAUUUACAUAUCCUCUCGGUGGGGGAGUCUAUUUAAACCACAUGGGGGGGGGGGGAUCACUUUUCAUAACCUGGAUUCCCCCCCGAAGGACUCCCCACCCGGGCGCACAGUGUGUGUGUGUGUGUCAGCGCCUCUCUGCUUUUUAUGUCCACGACUGAAAUAUCACGACGCCUUUUUUCAUUUUUUUCCAGCUGCAUGUUUUUUGUGUUUCUCCAAAAAAACUACAAAAAAAGUGUUUCUCUGCGACACCCUGCUUUUGAUCUCGUGCAUAUCUUGAAAUUGUAAUCGGAGGAAGAUGAAAUGUGCCCCUCCCCCACUCCCCUCGUGUCCUGCAGCACUUGUAGCAACUUAAAAAAAGACACCUGAGCCCUCGUCGGCGCAGAGAUUUACAGACUGCAAGCGAACCUGUCGCCUUUUUUUAUAUUUCACAUGCUAUGAGACGUUGUUUUUGUGCUUUAUUCCUCUUGGAAACACGUGACAUCAAGUGUUUGUGCCGCUGAACGAUUAUCAGGCUGAAUAUGUUCAAGUUCCUCCAAAUUUAUUUAUUAAGAAAUGCACCUUUUUUGUUUUGUGUGCAAGUAAAACUGAAUUUUCUGCUGCUUGAAAUGUGCAUUUCCUGUAAAAUUGCAUCAAGCGACUAAAGCCGAGGUCAAAUAAUCUGAAUAUAGAGGAACAGAAAAUGCUACUUUUAUUUUUAUCGUCGUAAAUUAAAUAUCUUUGGGGGUUUGAAGACGUCUCCCUGGGCUACCGGGGGGGAAAUGUGAGCUUUUAUUUGAGCAUUUAUAAUAAUGCAAAAGACUCAUUUUAGACUAAGAGAAAGAGAAACUAAUCCGUAACAUAUUAUUUUACUGUGAGGAUUGUUUUUCGUUCAUUGUUUUUUUAUUUUUUUAAAUUUACGGUGAUGUCUUCAAACUGAUUUUCGGUGGAAAAAACCCCAAAUAUUAAACGUGCAUUGAUAUAAAACAGUGAAUUUGAACAGAAUCACAUCAACGCAACGUCUUCGUUCCACAUAUCAGAAACAUCUCACACUCAAUCCUGAAGAAGGAGAAGAAGCAGAGCGUCUGGUCUUUGUACAAACAACAUAUUUGAUGCAGUUUCGUUAUAUCGCGCAUGAACAAAAAUAAACUGCCCCCCCGUUGUUGUCGCCCCCCCCCCUUUCGAUGUUUUUGCUCUCGUGCAGUUUGAGGUUUUGAGUUCUGCAGAAUCUGAUAACGCUGCUCACAAAACGCCCAAACGUCUCUCGUUGCCCCGCGGCCGUCGCCUCCUCCUCGUCUGCGUCCAGUGUCGUGCCUUUUGACCCGUGUCGUGCACCCCCCCCCCUCUCUCGCUCUUUAUCAUGACUUGAGGCUCCACCUCUUUGACGAGGUCGCCAGCCUUUUAACGAUACCGACAAAAUGAAAACCUGCCAGCUGCUUCUUUCUUUCUUUUCUUUCUUGCUUUCCAGGUGAAUCCGUGCACGAGUUCAUACGUGCGUCUAUGUUUUUGACCAGAAUGUGGGCGGGAAUCGAGCCGACGGCUUCCUUCCUGCUGCUGUUCUCCUGAUAAAACUCCAGCAGUGCACUUGUGAUCAUCUGAUUUUUUUGCGGUUUUAUGUUCUUCUUGAGUUCCUGCUGGAGCCCCCUCCUUUUUGUUUUUUCUUUUUUUUAAACGUAUGAAACCAACUCCUCUCCCAAAGCACUUCUCCCCCAAACUAAGGAUUAAGCCGGGGUCGAGGUCCCCAGAGGGAGACCAGAAAACCCAAAUGAGUUAAAGAGAAUACGUUUAACUCCACAAGACUGUUAAAUAAUGAUAAUGUUGUUUAUUGGCACGUCCACAUAUUAACAAAAUAUAUUUAUGGGUGAGGAGGAUUUCACUAUAUUUAGUCCACGUGUUCAAAGUCUUUAAGAGUGUAAUUUAUUAGAAUUUUUUUUUUUUUUAAAUAAGCUCUGCGUGUGAAUUAAUAACAGGCAGUCGUCCCCACUAGUUAGUCAAACAGUUCUGCAAAAUAAUAACAUAAAAUGUAUAUAUAUAUAUUUUAAUUUAUAUAUAAAUAUAUAUAUGAAUAUAUUUAUUUAUAUAUAAAUAUAUAUACUACAUUCAUCUAUAUAUAUUUAUUGAUACAUCUUUCAUUUAUUUACAUAUAAAUAUUAUAUACAAAUAUAUAUAUAUAUAAUUAUAUACAAAUAUAUUUGGAUAUUUAAAUAUAUAUAUCUGUUGUUCGGGCACAGACAUGAAAGCAUGCAUUUUUCUAGAGAUUAUGACGUCUACUGUGUACUGGAUUUUGUCUGACCUUCGUGUUGGUGCAAAGUGUAUGUGAUGCGUAGGGGGUGGUGGUGGGGGGGGGGGGGUGUAUGGCUCUGGUUCUGGUUCGUAGGUGUAGAUUUGUCGUGUGGAACAGUUGGUCUCCAGCUCGUGUUCCUCGGUUGUUUUUGUACCUUCGUCACGUCGGUUUAAAUUCUAGAUGCAGAAUAGCUUAGAACAAAAAAUUGCCCGACCCAUUUCAUUAAAGCCCCCCCCCCCCUGCUUUUAAAGCAUUUACUCAAAAAGAAAGACUUAGUUUUAAAUCCAUGGGUCAUGUUAAUCUGUAAACACACUGCAUGCGUCUGUGGACACGCGCCGCUCUGCAACUCAGAGAGGACUUGAGAUGUUAUUACCGUUACGUUCAUUUAUCAACAGUAUUGAUGUCAAUGUGAAUAUUGUCAACGGAGACCGUGGAGAAACAAAUAUAUUUGGAAGCUGACAACUUUUAUUUAUUUUAUAUUUUUUCGAAUUUUGUCGACAAAAAGUUGUCGUUUUUUCUUUUACAUGUGACGAUUUUAACGAAACCCAGUCUGAUUUUUAAUCAUAAAAUGUGUCUUGUGUUUCUGA